UCCAUCACACACACGAUAUUCUUGACAGCGGCAAUUAUUAUUUUAUCGCUCUGGGCGAAGGACGACUCAAACACACUCUCCUAACAUCAUCUUGCUUCUGUUGUGAUUUAACGUGAAUCUACACUUUGCAGGGAGUCUACAAUAAUAUUUCCCCCAAACUUUGGGGCUAGCUGAGUGAGCAAUUCCAUCAACAGGUUUCAACGUGCUGUAAAACUUAAAGCUGCAACGAUGAUCACCAGGAUGCCAAGAGCUGAAAAUACCUAAGGACUUCCUGAUUCAGACUAUGAUAGAUCGUAAGAUAUCAGUGGAAUCUGCGACUAGCUCAAUGGCAGCCAGGCUUCAGGAGUUUUAUGAGACCCUUGCGAGCCCUACAGAUCACUGGGAGCUUCUUGAGGCCAUUGGGGAGGGUACAUAUGGGGGUGUCUUCAAGGUGCGCAACCUGGAGACUGGAGAAUAUGCCGCUGCCAAACUUAUGGACGCUGUGACAGAAAUGGAGGAGGAGAUAGAGUCGGAGUACCAGAUCUUAAAGAAUUGUUGCAAUCAUCACAACUUGCCGCAAUUCUAUGGAGCGUAUUACAAGGUCAUGCCGGGUACCAAGCACAAUCAGAUUUGGCUGGUGAUCGAGCUUUGUGAGGCUGGUGCUGUGACUGAUCUCAUUCGUGGAAUGCUUGAAGGACAUGAGAAACCAGACGAGACUUUCAUUGCUUAUAUACUGAGGGAAACAUUACAGGCCCUCAGUCAUCUGCAUGGUCAUCAUGUCAUGCACCGAGAUGUCAAAGGUCAUAAUGUUCUCAUGACCUCAGAUGCACGUAUUAAGCUGAUUGACUUUGGAGUAUCCGCAGUAUUAAAGGGAAGAAGUAAGAGGAACACAUCGGUUGGUACCCCGUACUGGAUGGCGCCCGAGGUGAUCGCUUGUGGCCAGCAACUUGAAUGCUACUACGGAAUCAAGAGUGACAUUUGGUCCCUCGGCAUCACUGCAAUAGAAUUGGCUGAUGGUGAGCCACCGCUGAAAAAUCUUCAUCCAAUGAGAGCUCUUAUGAAAAUACCAAGGAACAAGCCACCAACAUUACAACACCCCUCUGAAUGGUCACAAGAGUACAAUGACUUUGUUGCAAGGUGUCUUGUCAAGGACAGCGAGCAACGAGCAGACACCGUGGAGCUUCUUGCCCAUCGUUUUCUCGUCAAGGUGCCCACGGAUGUCUCCAUAGUUAGAUCUCAACUCACCAGCCUCAUUGGAAUGUACACAGAGAUAGACGGCCCUUCCCAUGUAGCGGAAGUCACAACAAAGCAUGGUAAACUAAACCCUGUCCGGACACGUGGCCUUCACAAAUCGAGUCGGAAAACACCGGACAUGGUGAACGACCUGGCUCAGCUGGAAAAUCUUACGCAGGACUUUAUUGUGCAGCAUCUGUACAGUAGAUUCAUGAAGGGACAGAUCUAUACUUUCAUUGGAGACAUCUUGAUCGCUGUGAAUCCAUAUGCUCAGCUCGCCAUUUAUGAUCAAAGUUUUUCUGAGCUGUACCGGCAUGCAUCCAAGCAAGCCAACCCUCCUCAUAUCUUUGGCAUGGCUGAUAGUACCUACCAAGCUCUUCUGUUUCACAACCAUAAUCAGUGUUUGAUUGUGAGUGGAGAGAGUGGGGCUGGUAAGACCGAGAGUGCCAAUUUACUGGUUCAACAGCUGACGAAACUUGGGAAGGCAAUCAACAGGUCACUAGAGCAGCGUGUCUUACAGGUCAACCCGUUACUGGAGGCAUUCGGCAAUGCUCAGACCGUCAUCAACAACAACUCCAGUCGCUUCGGCAAGUUCCUGGAGUUGAAAUACACGGCUAAAGGACACGUCAUGGGAGCAGAGAUCUCGCAAUACUUGCUGGAGAAGUCAAGGGUUAUUCAGCAAGCAAAAGGAGAGCGGAACUUCCACAUCUUCUAUUACAUCCUGGCUGGUUUAGCUGAAAGUAACAAGAGCAUCACUUACCAUCUACAACUGGACAAGAGAUAUCGGUAUCUCCAUUUAGGGGACCCUACGGCUACUGGUUCAGAAGCACUUCCUGAGCUCAGACGUAGAUUUGAUGACAUCAAUAACUGUCUACAGACCAUUGGAUUCACUGAUGUGGAGAUUGGAUCGGUGUACAGCAUCUUGGCUGGUAUCGUCCAUCUUGGAGAGGUAACCUUUGAGGAGGCAGAGCAAUCCCACAGUGUCGACAAGAGUGUCAUCACAAACACCACUGAAGUACUUAAGAGUAGUGAGCUUCUAGGCAUUGAGCAGGAUGACCUAUCUGAAGCCAUCACAUCAAGCAGUGUAGUAGCCUGCGGUGAGACCAUCGUCAGGCAAAACACCAAGUACCAAGCAGAGGACAUCAGGGACGCUUUGUCCAAAGCUCUCUAUGGCAGACUCUUCAACUGGAUUGUCAAUAAGAUCAACACGCUGCUCAAACCUACGGAACAAGCAGGGGAGGACGGUCAAAGGUCGAUCUCCAUCCUCGACAUCUUCGGUUUUGAGAACUUCUCCGUCAACUCCUUUGAGCAGCUCUGUAUUAACAUCGCCAAUGAGCAGAUUCAGUUCUAUUUCAACCAGCAUAUAUUUGCUAUGGAACAGGAGGAAUACAUUACUGAAGGUAUUGAUGCUGCGGUGAUCAGUUACCAAGACAACCAGCCGUUGCUGGAUCUCUUUCUGCAAAGACCUCUUGGAAUGCUCCAUCUACUCGAUGAAGAAAGCUGGUUCCCACAGGCUACCGACCAAACACUUGUUGAGAAAUUCAAUCAGAAUAUCAACGGAGCUUACUACUGUCGUUCCCCUCAUGCCGGGGGAUUAGAUUUCGGGAUACAACACUAUGCUGGCAAGGUGAUGUAUUGCGCAGACGGUUUUCUGGCUAAGAAUAGAGACACUCUGGUCAUGGAUAUCAUCUACCUCCUUCGCUCCUCCAAGAUGCCACUAACGAGGCUCCUCUUUGAGCAACAUCUCAACAAGACGGGUAAUUUGGCAAGUACGAUGGGUCCCGUACAACGCAAGGCUCUCCAUAUGAAAGAGAAACAGCUCUGUCGUGCUAAGACAUAUGCACAAAUAUUCAAGGAGGAUUUUACAUUCGCAGGCCACGGCACUGAGCAUAAGGACGAUUCUACACCCAAGGUAAAAGAUGCCAUGCUGUAUUCCUAUAACUCUAGCACGGCUACGAGCGGGAGUAUGGCAAAGAACAGGCAGACUGUGGCAUCCUAUUUUAGGUAUUCCCUUCGAGAGCUCUUGUUCAAGAUGAUCUCCAGCCAGCCCCACUUUGUCCGAUGUAUCAAACCCAACAACGACAGGGUACCAGGCCAGUUUGACGAGGAGAAGGUACUAACGCAGCUUAAUUACACCGGUGUCCUUGAGACUACUCGCAUUAGGAGGCAGGGUUACUCGCAUCGAAUCCCCUUCCAGGAGUUUGCCAAGAGGUACAAGCAGGUAGCCUUCCCGAUGACCAAUGAGGUGGAGUUGACCUCAAGUACAUGUGAGGGCAUACUCAAAUCAUGUGACCUCACUGACUGGUUGCUAGGCAACACUAAGGUAUUCUUGAAGUAUUAUCACAUCGAGUCACUGGAUCGACUGCUUGAGAAGCGCCACCAGUUGGCGAACCUGGUUCAGGCCAUCAUUAAAGGCUGGCUAGCCAGGGCCAGAUACAAGAAGCUGCUGGCACGGAGAAAGAAUGGUGCUAUUGUCAUUCAAAAAAGGGUACGAGGCUGGGUUGCCAAGAAGAGAUAUAAUGAGGUCAAGCUGAGACGAUUAAAGGCAGCCAUCAUGCUACAAAGAGGUUUAAGGAGGCACUUGAGACAUGUGAGGAAACGGAAGGAGCUCGCUGAGAAACAGGAGAAGUCGGCAGUCUCCAUCCAGGCUUGGUACCGAGGCGGCAAGACGAGACAGAAACUAGGAGAGGAGAGGAAGUACAUAAAGAACGUUGUGAGGUCACAAGCAGAUUUGUUGACGGCAUCGUCAGAUGCACUUAGAAAUACACUGGAGACAUCUGGAGAUGCUGUGACCUUGAAGACUGAUACAAGAGCAACCUCCUCAGGAGACGACGGGACAAGAGGGGAAGCUUCUUCCGAUGUCCCAGAGGUAUCAGGCAAGAGUACGGAUUCAUCGUCGUCCCCGUGCCGUGAAAUCUGUGAGCAUCCUGCGGUGAAUUGUCCAGCGGUCGUUGAUGAGGAGACUCCCGACAGAGACUCCUCAGAGAUCUUAAUGGCCGCUGCUGAUGGAACGGAUAAGAGACACUCAGAGAUGCCCAGUCAGACGCAGGGUUCCCCAGGGGGCAGUGCUGGGUCCUCUAAACACGAUUCAAUGGGGAAUAAUGUGCACUUGGAUGCCCACUCACAAGGCGAUUUAGAAGAGAAUAGACACCACAAGAGGGAGGUACUUUCCGCUGAGCAGAGUGCGGUCAAGAUCCAAGCAGUGGCAAGAGGUUUCCUCGCGAGGCGAGAAUUCAAACGGACCAAUGAGCAGCGACAAUGGAGAGCGGCGCUUCUUAUCCAACGAUGGCUUCAAAUGUGGAAGAAACGCUCGCUGUACAGGAAGCUUCAAGGUUUCAUCUCACAACAAGAGACUUGGAGGAUAUACUUCUUUCUUCAAAUGGAAAACUACGGGGCAGGAUUUCAUCAGCUAGCAGAGAGGACUAACACUCCUAUACCCUUAGCUGAUAUUAAGUUCCAAACAGCCGUUAGGACCGGCCUAACGGAGCUCUCGGAAAGACGUCUUAAACAUAUACAAAGGUCUCAUGAUAUUAAGACGCCGUACUCACCGGAAGAUGAAGCUUACUACGACGGCUUCGGAGAUGGGAGACUAGAUCAGAAGGUGUACCGGCGGAGUGGCACACAGUCUGGAGAGUUGAAGGAAAUCAGUUCGUCCAACGACAGUGAUUAUUACAACAGAAUAGCGUCUGGUGUGGACUGUGAUUCGCUCAGUGCCGAGGUCAAGCAAGAGUCAGCGAGCAGAAGGUCGUCCCGAAAUACUGAAAAUCAUGAAAGUGAUUCCCCCGCACGGGGUUUUCUCCACGGGUUCGGUUACCAUGACACAGAUGAGAUUGUGGUAGAUAGUCCACCACAUGAAGCGUCUCACCUACAAUGGAAACAGCAAUCCCCAAGGCAUGGAGCAUCAAAUCAUGUAGAUAUGAAUGCAAAUCCAACAGACAGGGUGAAGUUUUCAUCAUCUCAACAAUCCAAUGGUGGAGAUUCCCUAAGCACUGGCAGCGUACACAGAAUGUUUGGUCAUGAGAGUGACGACACAGAGCACCACAACGAUAAUGAACAUGUGAGGUCAGUAAAGCUGAAUCAGCCACAGCAGCAGGAGGCGCAGUCUAGUAUCCAGCAUCACGCAUAUCCCACCCAGCACAGACAGUCACCCCAGAAACCUCCUACUAACAUGCACCCGCUCUUACAUGCUAAAGAGAAAGAGUUGAGUAAGCACCCUCGGUAUAACCCGCAGCAGCAACCAGCGCACCAGCAACCAGCGCAGCAGUUACCAGCGCAACAGCAACCAGCGCACCAGCAACCAGCGCAUUGGCGACCAGUGCAUUGGCAACCAAUGCAGCUACCAAACCCAGCACAGCGGCAACCAGCGCGGCAAUUUCCAAACCCAGCGCAGCAGCCAAAAGAAGCACAGCAGCAACCGGUGCAACAGCAACCAGUGCAACAGCAACCAGUGCAGCAGUUACCAAACCUAGCAAACCUUGUGCAGCUACCAAACCUAGUGCAGCAGCAACCAGUGCAGCAGCUAGCGCAGCAGCAACCAGCGCAGCAAUUUCCAAACCCAGCACAGCAGCAUUUAGCGCAGCAGCCAAAAGAAGCACAGCAGCAACCGGUGCAACAGCAACCAGCGCAACAGCAACCAGUGCAGCAGUUACCAAACCUAGCAAACCCUGUGCAGCCGACAAAUCCAGCGCACCAGCAACCAGCGCAGCAGCAACUUCCAAACCCAGCACAGCAGCAAUCAGCGCAGCCGCCAAAACCUGCGCAGCAGCAACCUGCCCGGCAGCAACCAGCGCUGCAGCAACCCAACCCAUCACAGCAGCAACUGACUAACACACACCAGCAGGAGAACCAGAUAGACACCAAGUUACUGCAGCAAAAACAGCAACAGCAACUGCAGGAGAAAACACAAGUGACUGAUAGUGCACAGCCAGUCUUUAUCAAUGGUAACGCUAGCAAUAACACAGUCAGUGACCCUAAGAAUUCCUUGGUAAACAGCCAAAAUUCCCUGAGGACUAAACUCGUGUCAUUUGCCGAGGAUGAAGACAAAAGCAGUGACAAGGAGCAGAAAAACAAAAUAACUUCAACAGGACAGAGCAAGCGUAAGGAAAUCCUUGUGUCCAAUGAUGGCACAUUUGAUGUCAAAGUGUUGCUCCGCAAGUCAACCCAGAGAGCUAUCCUGAUGUCUUGAAAUCCUUCAAAUGGAAAAGGAGCAUCGAACUGUCGAUCCUUUGAACCCAAAACCAGUUGGGAUUCGAACCCACAACCUUUGGGAUUCAAACUCACAGGCUUUGAGGAUUUCAAAUAGCAAUCAGUGGGAUUCAAACCUACAGCUGAAAGGAUUUUGACCCACAACCCUUGAUGAUUCAAUCAAAACUUUUUGGAAUAUGAAACAGCAAUCUUUAGGGAUUCGAACCCCAACCGUUGUGAUCUGAACCCACAGGCUUUGAGGAUUUAAAACUGCAAUCAGUGUGAUUCGAACCUACAGCUUAUUGGAUUUUGACCCACAGUCUUUUCUGAUUCAAUCACAACCUUUUGGAAAAAUAUGAAACAGCAAUCUUUAAGGAUUCGAACUCACAACCUUAGGGAUUCAAAACCACAGGCUUUGAGGAUUUGAACUGCAAUCAGUGGGAUUUGAACCUACAGCUGAAAGGAUUUUGACCCACCUUAGGGAUUCGAACCCACAGGCUUUGAAGAUAUGAACCAGCAACUUACAGGGAAUCGAGCCAACAAACUUAAAAUAGCAGUAGUUUUGAUAGCUUAAUGAUUUGAACCCUCAACCUUAAGGGCGAUGAUUCAGCAACAUAUUAUGGGUUCGAACCCAUAACCUUUGAGAAAUCAAACCCACAACAUUUAGGUAUAUUAACCAGCAAUCUUUAUGGAUUCAAACCCACAACUUUUGUGAGAUAUCAUCCAGCACCCUCUAGGGAUUCGAACCUAAAACCUUCGAGAAUUAAGAGAGCACUGGCUAAUGACCUUGCUUCACCCAUUGAGACGCAACCUGUCAUCAGAAAUACGUAGUUAAAUAACGGUUUAUGGAUUAUUGAAGUUGUUAAGAGUCUUUGCAAUAAAUUGGCUUGUUUUCUAUCAAAUCGCCUUUGACUCAAGCAAUACAAUACUCAAGUGUCAAAUCUAUGUCUCCUUCAAAAGGAGGCAUGUUAUAUUUUACUAUUCGAAAGUCAUGAAUGUUGUUUGUAUUUAUCGAGGAAGCUCACAAAGUUUGCGAUACCCGAUUUGUGAAGAUUUUCAUACUUGGGAGCAUUUUAUUACCAGUUGGCUUUGUUUUAACCAUGAUGCUGCUGUUUGGUAUUAGUAAGUGGCAUUAUUAACUUUUUACGAGUUGGGACCACAAUUUUGCAAAUCUUGUAAAGAAAUUCGUCAUGAUAAACUCGUCAUGAAAAUUAUUCACAACAAGUUCUUUGCUAAUGUCACUCCAUAGUUUUAUUUGUGCACUUUACAAAUCUAUUUAUUCACAGUUUGUUUACUGCUUUUUCGUCACAUAUAAAAACAAACGUGGGCUUUGAUAGUCAACAUGAUUGACUGCACAUCACAGUAUUCCAAAUUUAUCGUUAACAUAAACUGACUUAUGCAGAACUAGUACCCUUCGAUAAUUCAUAUAAAGGCACUGGACACGUUUGGUAAUUGUCAAAGACCAGUAUUCUCACUGGGUGUAUCCCAACAUGUGCAUAAACUAUUAAACAAACUUGAGUAUGAAUAUUUCGGCUCAAUUGGUCAUUUCAUCAAAGUUGCCAGUUAGAAAAUAAAGAAAGAAAACACCCUUGUUGCACAAAGU